GCCGCCUUGAUGACUUCUCGGCCACCCAAGAUGGCGACUGCGGCUCUCCUUGCGAGCCUGACGGGCGGGGGUUCGCCUGCUUUCCCUCACCGCAGCCGGCAGAGGAGGGCGGCCGCCGCCUGGCCGCUGUUCGUCUGGGGGGCCGCCGCUUGGGUGUCCCUCGGCACGGCCUCGGCUGUGCUGGAGCCGGAGGCGGCGGCUGGGGAGAGCUGGGUGAGGACGUUGAGCGGUUCCAACUGGAGCCUCCUGCUGCAGGGCCAGUGGAUGGUGGAAUUCUACGCCCCUUGGUGUCCUGCCUGUCAACAGAUGGAAUCGGCAUGGGAGGCAUUUGCAAGAGAUGGCGAAGACCUGGAGAUCUCUGUGGGCAAGGUAGAUGUCACUCAGGAACCAGGUGUAAGCGGCCGUUUCUUUGUCACUACACUGCCCACUAUUUUCCAUGCAAAGGAUGGAGUUUUUCGUAAAUACCGUGGAUCAAGAAUGUUGGAGGACCUGGAAGGCUAUAUCUUGGAGAGAAAGUGGGAAGCUGUUGAACCCGUGGCAGGAUGGAAGUCCCCGUCAUCUAUAAUGAUGCAUGGCAUGGCGGGACUCUUCUACUUAUCUGGAUGGAUCAGGCAAAUCCACAACUACUUAACAGGCUCUCUUGGAAUCCAUGAGUGGGGCUCUUAUGCUGUCUUCAUACUCGCCACUUUAUUGCUUGGUCUUAUUCUAGGCUUGUUGCUGGUCUUGCUUGGGGACUGCGUUUUUCCAUCCAAGGCUAAAGUGGAAGUAUCAGAAUCGGUGGACCGAGACUAUGACCAAGUAGAAGAGCAACAGGAAAUUCCAGACGACAAGGAGGGGGAGCUCUUUACAGAAAAGGGCUUGUCGGACGAAGAUGAGGAGGAAGAGGGAGAAGAUGAGUCCCGGGACAGCUCCUCAGAUGACUCUGCCGUCGAAGGCUCUGCGACAGAAGAGGACUCGGAGCACCGCACGUCUGACCAAAGCUCCCUAAGGCAGCGGAAAAACCAGGAGGUGGCUGACGAACUAUAGUGCAAUUGCUGUGUACUCGUAUCAUCUUGGACCAAAGAAGUAUCAGGAGGUUCUCCUUGACUGCAGCUGAAGCCAAACCUUUGACCAGUAAACUGUUAAAAGCUAAAUCCAUGCUUUGCGCCGAUAGACUACUGUUGUACUGUUGUUGUUUCUAGGGCCAGUAAUUUCUAAAAGUCCAUUCUGCAAGAGAAGCGUUUUAAUGUUGAUGUGAUAGCCAUGACAAUCAAAUGUGUAACUUUUAUUUUAGACCAUUUGUGGCAAGGAGAAAUGUGCAUUGGGGCAGAUCCUGCCCCCGUCUUGUGAUUCCACUGUGCACAGCUGGCAGCCUUCCUCCAGUUUUUAAGUGGCUUUUCUUCCAAUGGAAGAGCCGCUGGAGUGAGGCUCCUUGGAUCCGCGCCGUUGUCGAGUAAUGCCAACUCUCUGACAGUAUUACGUGUUGACGGCUUAAUUGAUCUCUGGUACCCACGUUGCUGGAACAAGCUAGUGAGGGAACUAGAAGCAUUCGAGUCAACAUCUGCUGCAGUUCCUUGGCAGAUGUCAAGCAUCACCAAUGAUUAAGCCGCCACUCUGAGUGUGCAUACAUGUGGCGUAUUGUCAUGUUCGAAGUGGCUUGCCGUAGUAACAUACGACGCAACCCCUUGUGCGACUUGCAUAGUAUAAGCUGCAAAAUGUAUUCUAAUGCAUUCUAAAAAUAUGUAUGUACUUUCUUGCUGGGAUACUGUGCAGCUCUCUUCCAUGCGUGGGGAUAUGGCUUGCCCAAAUGCUUGUCUGUAAGUGGAUGUCACGUGACUUAACCUGCUGACCACACAUGGGGAAUCUCCAGGUUAUUCAGGUGGCUUUGGUUACGUUAAGAUUUCAGAUAUGCAUUCCUUUGCAGCGUAGUGGUGCACCUUAUGUAAGCAGAAAAUGCCACUCAUAGUUGUAUAUUCCUUAGUUGUUUUUUUAAAAAAACACUCAUACUUGAAGUGAUUCCUAUAUCAUUUGUUCCUAACGACCAAAAUGCUCAUUUGAUCGUAGAAGGGUUCAAGAAAGCCGUUGCAACUGCCUAAAGUAUGAUGGUGUUUGAAACAAAAAAACCUUAAUGGUGCUGUUUAACUUCUUUAAUGGAGGGCCGUUUGUAUCCUGAAUGGUUAAGAAUGUUCACCAACUUGUUCAUGCAUCCCAUGCGAUCAGCAUAAUAUAGCUGUGUCUAAGUAUCUUACGCAAAAUGAAAGCUCUUGGCACCUUAAAUAAAUGCUGUUUUGUAGUGCGUUGGUGAGAAAUGAAGCUUACAGUGUGUGAAACAUUGCCUCAGAAAGUAAUCUAUUUAGUGAUAGCAUAAUUAGAUAGCGAGAUCAUUGUCAAGACAGUAUUCAUGCGGCAGGAGUUGGUUCCACAGUAUAAGUGACUGUCUUUUAAAAAACCCAUCUCCUUAGCAUUAAAACAGUAUAAUUGCAGUGUUUUGCAUACUAUCAUAAUGUUGUUCUCGUGGCUCUUGCCAGUGGCAGACAGUAACUUCUUCCGCAAUUCAGUUUCUUUAUGACAAAACCUAGUCUAUAACAACAGUAUAUGCACUUCGCUCAGUUUGAGGAAGCUUAAACUUGCUGGCAUCUUGAUGGCAUUGCUCUGAUGGUUGAUAUAAAUCUGUCUUCCACGUAGAGCAAGUACAUGCAAUCACAAAUGGAGGAGGACUUCUUAAUGCCCAUUCUUGUUGCAAAAAUAUGGAUACGGGUUGGUGUUACUUGAAAAUGUUAACCAGACUCCAUAGUUAACACAUGACUGAGAGGUGUAAAUGUUGAGUGUCGCGAAUGCUUCAGUUGAAAAUGUUUCACUUGUAUGUUAAGCGCACUUCUCCUGUUGCUCAAAUUGUGCCGGGGAAACAACAUAGGCAAGUGUGUCCUGAUUUGGUUCUGGAAUUAACAUAGCAAAACAUCGUAGUUGUGAUUGUGAUCAAACUUAUUUUUCAGGUGCAAAGUGGAAGAUUUGAACACUGCCCGGAUGAUCUGUCCCUCUUUCCAUAAAGGGAAAGGUGAAACGUUGGUUGACUGUUGUCUGUUCCUUGUUUCACAUGUAGAGUCUGUCUUACUUGGCUAUGGAUGCCCUGACAGCACUGUUAAACACAAGUUUCGCAUCUAAAUUCUCUCAUGAUAGAUAAACUAUGUGCACAUCUGUUCAAACACAUUUUGUGGUUCUCGAAAAGCACUAUUACUGGAGAAAUUGCUUGUUCAUGUACUGCCUCUGUUGAAAAUACCCAAGCAUGCACUCUUGCGUGUGCAUACUUGGAAGUAAGCCCUAUUAAAGUUUGUGGGAUUUAAUUCCAAGCAGACAAGUCUACCAUUGGGCUGACAUGUUCUUCUUACAGGAAUAUCCUGUGCACUGAGUAGUUGUCAUUGACGGUCUCCUAGAAACACCUUUAGGACAUUCAUAACAUCUUGGCGGCAUCAUCCAACAAAUUUCGAUCAAUCAUGGCUUCGACUGUAUUUAGAUAGCACUAGAUCACAGGCAUGUUGCAGAUAUAUAGAGGCUCAUGUAGUACUGCUUAAAUUGGCUUAAUGACAGGUGACCGUUGGGUACUCCCAAAGCAGCUGGGGAUUGCAUUGGCAUUUGAACAGUUCCUCCAAAUGGUAAAUGCUGUUGAAAUGAUGGUUGUGUUACGCGUAACUGUUAAGCACACAACGGUUUGCAGGAUUGCUUCAGGGUUUUAAUUUGCACAGAUGCCCAACUGUUGAGGGUGCCAAGUUUUUGUAAGGCAAGGCUGAGUAAUUUGAUUUAGAAACUGAUUGCUUAAAAAAAAAAGUUGGCUUUGGGUCGUGAAGACUUGUCAGCUCUAAAACAAUGGUUGCUCUGGGAAAAAUAAAUUAUAUUCUAUGCUUCUGACUGUUUUUUAGCCAUAAUGGUUCAUUUAGCUUAUGUAACUUGUAAAACAGCGAUAUUACUAAGUAAAAUAUGCAAAAGGAUUUAUACUAAAAUGCCACUAAUGUUUAUUUCCUUGUUAACUAUAAAGUUUUUAUUUAUUCCA